GGUUCUGACUUUAAAUGUUUCCUUACCUGGGAGUUACUGGGGGUUUGCAUACAAAUGUAAAAGCCAUCAAGAAGCCAUACAAUGUGGAUACUGGCCCCUCUGGAGCCCGGAGGUGAGACCCACUAUCUCCUCUCCAGUAAAGAGUAUGUGGUUGGACGCAAGAACUGUGACAUCGUCCUACCCAACGACCAGUCCAUCAGCAGGGCUCAUGCUCACCUCACUGCUGCUGACCAGACGCUGACUUUAAAAGACACCUCCAAGUACGGUUCAUUUGUCAACAGCCAGCAAUUGACACAGAACACGCCAGUGAACCUAAAGUCAGGAGACAAUGUUACAUUUGGGGUUUUCAACAGCAAAUUCAGUGUGGACCAUCAGAAGCCAGUGGUGUGUUCUUCAUGUUUGGACAAUGAGGGCAAGGCGUCGCUCUCUCAGGCCUUGUCUGCUUUGGGUGGGAAGCUGAUCAACACCUGGACUCACGAGUGCACCCACCUGGCCAUGCCCUCUAUGAAAGUCACCAUCAAGACUAUUUCUGCUCUGCUGUGCUGCUGUCCCAUCGUGAAGCCGGAGUUCUUCAUGGAGUUCAGCAAAGCCGCUCAGCAAAAGUUACCCCCUCCUAAAGCUGAGAGGUUCGUCCCUGAGAUCGAUGAACCCAGUUUGAGUAAAGAGGACGUUAACCUCGGAGCGAUUCCAGUUCGCAAACAGCUCUUCAGCGGAAAGACUUUCAUAUUCCUCAAUGCCAAACAACUGAAGCGCCUCAGCAGAGCAGUGGACUUUGGAGGUGGCAAGAGCCAGCUGCUUGAGGACGGCGCUUUGCCCCGCGGCCUGCUGGAGUCUCCUCAGAGCUGCGUGGUCAAUGUUAUGACAGACAGCUCCCAAACUCUGCUUCCCCCCUCUACCACAGAGUGGGCAAACUCUGUGAAGAACAUUGUUCAACGAAAAGGCCUCCGAGUCAUCACAGAGUCGGAAAUUGGUUUGGCUGCCAUCUAUGCUUCCUGUGUUAAGUACUGCAAUCCAUCCAAUCUAACACCAGACUCAGUUUUAGAGUUGGCACCAAAAGUGGAACCCAGAAUCCCCGGUGCUUCGCUGUCGCAGAGCGUGGCGGUGGAGGAGACCGUGUUACCGGCAGCAUCUCAGAACAUCACAGCUUACGCAGUCAACACAGAGCCGUCACAAGGGACCGAGCUAUGUGAAGGCACAGGGCUGAUGGCGGUCGGGGAGACUCCAGAGAGGAAACAAAACCAGAACAGAAGUCAGCUUCUUGGAUCCAGACCUGUUGCUAUGGAGACGACCACUCAGUACAUCGUGGCCGAUACAAUGAACUCGUCUUUCAACACUGUAGAGAACACAGACUCGCAGAGGAAGAAGCCGACAGCAGUUUCAGGUGCAGGCAGUGGUGACAUUAAGUCCCAGCCAGCUCUUCCCAGGACCAAUGUUGGCAUGAAGACAUUUCUACCCAAGCUCUCUUCUCAAAAACGAAAAAUCUCUGCACAAGCCUCCCCACAAUCAACUCUGACCACUUUCUUCCAAACUGCCAACAAGAAAAGGCCUUUGGAGGAAGAGCCCUUCUCUUUCAUGUCCGAGCCUAAACGUCCUGCUCUGGAUACAGACGCCAAACAGACACCAAACACUUCAGCCAGGUCUAAUGAAGCAUCUUCAUGUUCAGACAGAGCCCCUGUGGCAAUAUGCCAGACCCCACUGGGGUCAACAGCUGAUCUUUUUGUAGGACGGUCAGAGGCUCAGCCAAACAGGGUCUCCCAUGCUGUCCACGAGGAGCCAUGUAGUAGAAAGAGGAAGGAGAUGGAAGCAGAGAUACAAAUGGAUGAACUGGAGGCUCUUAUGUCUGAGGAUAUGGACUUCCUUGAUGAGCAACCGUCUGGGAAUCAAGGCCAGCAAGCACAGCUAGAAACGCUUAAAUCAACCGAACAGAAACUAAGUUUAAAUACGGUUGCGGCUUCGUCUUCAAGCAAGAGGCAACGGGUCCAACUAGAAGAACAUGUAAAGAACCAGAAGCCACAGGUGGGCCUGGGAAAAGAAAAGAAGCAAACAUCUGGCCAGCAUAUCGUCACCAUCAAGACAGAGCAGGUGGAUCCUGUAGAAUACAAGACGACAAAUAAAGGGUCGAGCACUCGUCCAGAGGUGUCGUCUGCCAGUACAAGUAAAGACAUACAGCCUUUUGAAGAUGAUGACUCGUCUUUCAUUGAGGAUGUAGAACUACUCAAAGUAGAUAUGUGCCAGCCUAAGACCCCUCUGCAACCGGUUGCAUUGAAACUGGAGGUCCAAGAGUCAACGAUUGAUGAAGAUCUUCCUAGAAAGCUGUUGCUAGUGGAGUUCCGGUCUCUCACUGUGACCGUCCCUCCCAAAACCAAACCCCAGAGGAUGCAGAACAACACAAAGAACUUCAAAUGCUUCCGGAAGAUCUGCGUGCCGGGUGUAGAGGGCUCACCCCGCAUCAUCAGAGGAUCUGAUCUGCUGGUUCACAGCAGAGGCAAAAACACUGAUCUGGAUGAAUGGCUGAAAGAUGCAGUUGAGGAUGAGCGUCAGAGCAAACGGGACCAGAGUAUUGGAGAGGACCUCUUCAGGUACAACCCCAGCAAACUGACCAGGAGAAGAUGAAAUGUCGUCAUCUUCACGUCCUACGGAGAGAAUUCAUUUCACAGGAACGGGAAGUGUGUCCAGCUCCAUCAUCAAAGUAUCAAACGGACUUCAGAAAUCAUUUCAUAGAUAACUCCUGAUAUCUGUAGUUCAACUAUAAUUGCUUUAUAACUCCUAAAAUGAUCAGAAAUAUUGUUCAGUGUUUGCUGUUCUUUCUGUCUGUAAAUGUAGGAAGUGAAGCUACUGACGGCCAACAAUGUAACACAACAUGCUCGUGUUCAGAGAUUUUUCUCAAAGUUUUAUUCGUCAUUAAUAAAAAUUGCGCCAUACAAAACAUUAAAAACUCUUUGUUGUACAAGAGAGCAUGACAACUCUGAAA